CUUAGAUUCCAUCAGAAAUGCACAUAUAUUCACGUUCCAGAGAGUGGAUUCUUUUAAACGUUUUACAAAACGCCCUUUUUGUUAUCAACUGAACUAGAACUCAUGUUACAAACACAUACCUAUAUGUCGUCAAUCCUGAUUUCAAAUUUUAUAUGUGAAUUUCGCUUUCAUCAUCAUGUCUGGGACACCCUUCAUACCCUUUCCACAGAAUUCGUCUGCGGAUCCCAAAUCGUCGGCAGCGUACCACUUGCACCAUCCCCAUCACAGAGGACCAAAGGAGCCCACCAACCUACCAUUUCUAAAAGAAGAUCAGUUUACCGACACCAUUUUGGUGUUGGAAGGAAAGAAGCUGUACAUCAACAGGUGCAUUCUGGGAUACGCGUCGCCUUACUUUCAAAGACUUCUUGACAGUGCUCACAAAGCCGCCAUUGCAGAAAAGAAGUCCAAGGCAGAGGUCAAAAUCAGCAACAAAAGUUACACCGACUUUGUUGACCUACUGACCUAUCUCCAUCCAGGGACCGGUAGCGAUGUCACAGAAAAGAUGGCGCUUCGACUGCUUCCACUUGCAAACGAGUACGAAAUCGCACAUCUGAAAGAAAAAUGCGAAAAAGUUCUUAUCGGGAGUCUACGGAAAACCCCGGCAACUCCUAACGUUUCGAAAGGCUCCCCAACCUUCAAACACCGCAAAGACAACGGUCCUGAAUUGCUGCUGAAAUGCAUUAAAUCUGCCGAUGCUGGUUCUUCGAAAGCACUUUUGGAAGAGUGUGUUCGAAUCUUCUCUUACCAGGACAUUCCUCUGAAAGAUUUAAAGGCUAGCACGGAAAUUUCCGAUCAAGUUAAAGCACGCAUCUACGAGAACAGAAUGGAAAACACGUCAAGCAAAAUGUCCAAGUUAGCCAGUGAGUUGGAGAAAGAACGGAGUGAAAAAGAAAAGCUGCGGUCCCAGCUGACUGAUCGACACGUCACGGCGACUAAAAGUCGAAUGAGUCGGGUCACAAGAUUUGGUUCGGAUCCGUCAGUCGAAGACCCUAGCGACCAGAUAAUGACGCAAGUUCCGCCGGCUCGUCACCAUAACUACCAUUCGCAUCGCCUUAGCAAUGCAAAAGGUCAAGGUCAAAUUCGUGAUACUAAACCAAGGUUUAUUUAA